AAGAUGAUCAUUAUUCGCUCUUCUCAUUGGUCGAGUCAGUUUGAUUGACAUGCGCGCUGGAUCCUCUGAGCCAAAAUCGCGCGAGAGAGAGGAAAAAUAUUUUACUACGCCACAGCUGAGAACAUAUACCUCACCGUCGAGAUCGCACGCGCUUUACUGGGAGAACCCUUGACUAUCGAUCGAUAUACCGUGAUUGAUUUUUUGCCAUUGAAUAAACCACAUCUACACAGUAAAGUCGCGGGCUGUGCGAGAGAGAAGAGUAACGAAAUGUGGAGGAGUAGGUGAAAAGGAAACUAAGAAAUGGAAACUUAUCUUCAGGUCUACCCGUAAAUGUUUUAAGAUUGAUGGGUCUUGAGGAGUAUCUUAGGAAACCUUACACGAUCAUCUUACAUGCCAAUAUCUCAAACAGUACCGCUGAUGGUAGCCUGUGGCAAUCUCCUCUCUUGUAACUCCUCUUUUUCCAGCCCAGACUGCAUGCCUCUGGAUGAAUUCCAUCCAUUCAUUGAGGCACUCCUGCCUCAUGUUAAAGCCUUCUCUUACACAUGGUUCAAUUUACAAGCUGCAAAACGCAAAUACUUUAAGAAACAUGAGAAGAGGAUGAGUUUAGAGGAGGAAAGGAGAUGUAAAGAGGAGCUUCAGAAUGAAAGAACGGAAGUGAAACAGAAAUGGGCAUCUCGGUUGCUAGGUAAAUUAAGGAAAGACAUUACGCAGGAGUGUAGGGAAGAUUUUGUUUUAGGAAUAACGGGGAAGAAGCGUGUCAGUUGUGUUCUAAGUAAUCCUGAUCAAAAGGGUAAAAUGAGAAGGAUAGACUGCUUAAGACAAGCAGAUAAGGUGUGGCGGUUAGAUCUUGUCAUGGUAAUCCUAUUUAAAGCAAUUCCUUUAGAGAGUACUGAUGGAGAGCGUCUAGAAAAGUCACCAGAGUGCCUCCAUCCAAAUCUUUGUGUAAAUCCAUACCACAUCAAUGUCUCCGUCCGAGAACUUGACUUGUAUCUGGCCAAUUUUAUACUAAGCCAUGAGUCUUUAAGCGGUUAUAGAGAUGGUUUAUGUGAUAAUAACAAGGAAGAUGAACGAGAACCAGAUUUCGUCUUUGCUUCUGGUGUUUUUACAUCUGCAGAACUAUAUAGAUUAUCCAGAGCAUCUAUUUUGCAAGCUACAAGUAAUUGCCAACCCGCUCUGAGUAUGAUCAAGAUAGAAUCUCCUACCUAUUAUUGCAAUAGUUACUCAUCACCGCCUGAUCACAGAGGAGGAGGGUUGCCCUCUGGUGCAGCGGGCCUUUCUCUGCACCCACAUAACAAUCACAGCACGUCUCAUCCUCCUAGUCCACCAGAAGAACCUCACAACAAGCGCCUGCGUAAAAUGUCCUCUAGCGAAGACGAUGUAGACAAAGUUCAUAAUGACAUCACUAGUUUCUAUGGCCAGAGCCCAGCUCAGUUACAUAGCCAAGCGUCUUGGAGUAGUGAUAUUGACCAAGGUGGACCCCUGACCCCACAUGCCAAGGAAAUAGAUGCAAAUGAGGUUGCCCAUUCAUCUAAACAUCAAGAUGGCCUACAGCAGCAUACGGCUAUGAACAUGACAUCCCAAGCCUCCAACAUAAGUGGUCCUCUUCCUCAUUCCAGUUCCUAUUACUUAGGCCCUGGAAAAUAUCAAGAAAAUGGAGAUGCUCUUUCUGACUUUGUAAAUUUAGUGUGCCAAGAAGCCCAGAAUUCUGGUCCAAGCCCACAAACUAGCCAAGAUUCCGAGGCUCAGAGUCCCACUAAACUACCACACUUUUAUUCAAACCCAAUGCUUCCUCCUCCUCCGCCUGCUCCUAUGGCAAGGCCUGUUGCUAUUAUUAGGUCAACAGGUAAACUUGCUUCAUUCUCUGAAAUAAGUGGAUCUGCUCCAAGCCCACCUAACAAUGUCAAUCAGGCAGGGCCUAGGAAUAGUUCCCCGGUCUCUGAGACCUCUUCAGUUGCUAGCUCUGUUGUUGUGAGAGACAACCGAAAGCAACUAGCCUCUCCUCCAGUUACCUCAUCUGAUUUUUCGGUUAUUCUAGUUGCUCCAGCAGGAAAUAAUGGACUAGAUGGGUCUCAGAGUAACCGAGGAUCCAUGAGUAGCCCUUUCACAUCCUUGCCAAGGCCAGACAACAAUUUUUCACAUAUUCAUCCUCAAGCCCAUCAGCUCUUUUCAUAUACAAAUAUCAGCCCGGUGAAUGCCAUGAGUGGUAUGAUCAGCCCAACCAACAUAAGCAUGUUUACUUCACCAGCAACGACGCCUCGUUCGACACCUCGAACGACCCCCGUGCCGAGGUGGAAUGCUCCCUUCAUCACUUUAGAUGAGAACCUCGAUUAUAAUAUGAUGGCAGGCCUCAUGCCUGGGACGAAUUCUGACUCCGAUGCUCCUCACAUUAUCGAAGCAGAAGGUGAAAUUGAAGAACGUUACUUCACAGUGGUUCACAGCAAUGAUGGUGUGGAUGCAAGCAGUCAAACACCUGGCAGCAGUGCCUCCGUCACCCCCAAGUCCCAACCAUCUUAAAUCAAACAGUUUCUUUUCUUGUAAAAAAAAAAUAUUUUAAAAUUCAGCUUGUGGUGUAAGAUAAGAUACGAAAAAUAUUCUCUCGCCCGCAUUGUUUAAACUGGUUUUGCCGAGAUUAUCGUUUUUAUGGUUGCAAUAUUUUGAAAAAGAAGAAUUAAAAAAAAAAAAACUGUGAAACUACGCAACUUAUAUAUAAAUCAGCAGCUCCUGAAAAGGUACUUGGCAAACUUUUUUGCCAGUGUUAGGAAGAAAGGUGAAACGACAUAAGUACAAAAAAAGAAGAUGAAAAUGAAGAUGACUCUGAAGGAAGGCAGAGACAAUCAAAGGUGUAAAGAACAUAAACAUUGAAGGAGCAUCAAGACUGAAUUUGAUGCCUUAUUAUGUACCCCCCUGGGGGGGUACAGUGCUCUUAAUUCUCUUCCAUUUCAUUGCUUAUAGCUAAGAGAUUUCUAAGACAGUUAACUUCCGCCCAUUGAGAUUUCACUAUAAUAUUACUUCCUGGGGCCUCAGUAGCUUUUCAAGAAU